UCACCAGCAAGAAAUUUCAAACGUCCUUUCGGCGCUUUAUUUUCCUCCCUUUUGCAUAGAAAUUCAAGCAGGACAUGUGCGGCUUUGCAUGUAACUUUGGCUCAGUGAAGGCACCGAGCAGACAAACCCAGUGAAGAGGUGGAGCCACGGCGAGACUCAUAAAACCCAAAGCUUAUUCCUCAAUUCACUGCCAAGGUGACGCGCUCUGCUGCUGACAAAUACCUCCGACGUCCUCGGAUCUCUUACACACACACACACAGACACAUACACAUACACACACACACGCACACACACACACACACACCAGCAUACACACAGUGGGCAUGAACACGGCCGGGAUCGGGAGUUUUUGGUCAGAGGUUUCCUCUCGGCUCCUGAUUUUAGCCGAAAAACGAACCAAAUCUGACCGGCAGUAACGCGUGAAAUCCCGCAGAGGACGCGCAGAGAAGUCGGCUACCUGUACUCGGUACUUUGCUUGAUCCAGAACCUGAGGAUAACUUUGAUCUACAGCCUUGACCUCCGGACUAAAGAGGCACUACAGAGGGAAUAUGACCGCUGGCUUAUUGGGCCACUGAAGGAGUGUUAAUCGCUGUACGCGCUUUGGUGUCCGUUAAGGUGACCGCACGGCCAGAUUAUGCAGCAUCCUUUGGACAUGGGGGCGCAUUACUAUCCUCCGGAAGUUCACCCCGACCACAGAACUCAUCGCUACAGGAGUUUCAUGAUAGAGGAGAUCCUGACUGAUCACCCGGAGCACAAAGCGUCGGCUCCGGCCGGGGACCUCCUUAAAUUCGGGGUACAUGCUCUCCUGUCCGCCCGGCCUCUCCACAACCAUCUGGUGCUGAAAGCCGACCAGACGAGUCUCCUCAAGUUCCCCAUAUCUCCGCUGUCCUGCUCGCUGGGCUCUCCGCUCGGCUCCCCGCUGCUGGCCGGGGCUCCGGGCCUGCAGGUCGGCGCGGCGUCUCAUCACCUGCCGCUGGACCUGCACCUCCGCGGGAAACUGGAGCACGGAGCCGACGGGGGCAGCAAGACCAAGAAGGGCCGCCGAAGCCGCACCGUGUUCACCGAGCUGCAGCUGAUGGGCCUGGAGAAACGCUUCGAGAAGCAGAAGUAUCUGUCCACUCCUGAUAGAAUAGAUCUCGCUGAGUCUCUGGGGCUCAGUCAGCUGCAGGUGAAAACAUGGUACCAGAACAGAAGGAUGAAAUGGAAGAAAAUUGUGCUGCAGGGAGGAGGCCUGGAGUCACCGACCAAACCGAAAGGCCGUCCGAAGAAGAACUCCAUCCCCAGCAGCGAGCAGCUCUCUGAACAGGAAAGAUCUGCGGCUGAGGCCGACCACCACUCUGAAGGCUCCAGCUCCCACUUAGAGAGCACUCAGGAGGAGUGACCGGACCGCAGCCCGCAUCUACACUGACUGUGUGUGCAGAAGCUCUGGGACGCUCAGUGUGUAUCUUUUUGGAUGGGGCCAGAUUCCAAAACGUCACGGGGACGAUGUGCUGAUGCCUCUGAAGCUGCACGGUGUUGUGCAGUCUCCAAAGACUCGUAGGCCCUGCAGAAACCUGAACUGUGUUCGCAGCCCCACCAUGCGCUCCCUCAUGGUGAACUGGCUGCUGUUGAGGAGGGAACUCAAACCUUUGCAGUAGGUCUACCCUUUAUAUUCUAAGGAUCCACUCUCACUCAUCUGUUUUGCAUUCCUUUUGUGUAACUAUGCUUUGUUUAAUUAUUAAAUAUAUUUU